AUGUCUGCCCUGCCACGACGCAAGAUCGGCAGCCGGGCCUGUGACGGCUGCAAGAUUCGCAAAGUGAGAUGUACUGAAGAGCCACCCUGCGCACGAUGCUCUUCCAUCGGAAUCGCGUGUACCUUCAACAAGCGCCAGGCAACGAGGGGCCCCCGCAGCCUGAGAGCCAAGACCCUGCAGGAAAUACAGAACUCCCAGAACCUCAAGGAGGGCCAGAGCUCGUGUGGUAACAACAGCACCAACACUGAUAGCCUGGUGGACGAUCUGCCUGCCAAAGGGACCUCACCCGUGGGUCAGAGCCCGCCCGGCGGAGAGCCAUCUCUUGUGCCAGGCAGAGACGGCGGAUCCAGCGGCCUCCAAAGGACCCCUGUGUCGUCCCUGAUCAUUCGACUGUGUAUUUACCGCCUCCGCCUCUUCCCAGUGUGGCCCAUCCUCGAUGCUGAAGACGUCAUAUCGUCGCUUCUCAGGGAUCCCACAGAUCUUGGGACCUACGCACUUGCCAACGCCGUGUGCGCAGCAGUGAUAGUCCAGCUCAAGCUACCUUUCGAAGGAAGGACAGACGACAAUGAUCCAGCGACAGCUGCGUCCAUGACUGCCGAGUGUCAAAGAACGAAGUUGCUCUUGCGGGACGCAAAUGGAGACGACGGCCCCGAUGCGGGCCUGGCUAUGGUUCAAAUAGCCUUCUUCCAACACAUUUACCAUGAGAACCAGAGCCCAGGGGGCACCAAGAGCCUGCUGUUUCUUCGGGAGGCCAUCACCAUGGCACAGAUCAUGGGGCUGCAUAGAAAGGCAUCGUAUGUCCUGCUGGCCCCAGAGGAGCAGCAGAUGAGACGUCGCAUCCUGUGGUUGCUUUUCGUCACGGAGAGGGGCGUAGCCGUGCUACACAAACUCCCCGUUGUUCUGAAGUGGCAGGCCAGCUUCCCGCCGCUCGUGGACAGGGCCAACGUCGAGGUCGACGAGGCGCAAAUCCUGCCGGCGUUCAAGAAGCUUGUCGACCUUUUCUGGCUGUUCGAUCAGAGUGGUGCCUUCGACCUGCUCACGCAGGCUGACGAUGACACCGAGACAUAUCAGGAGAGCCGACUGGAGUAUCUCCAGCACCGCCUGCAAGAGAUAUCGUCAGAUGGGUAUGAAGGCAACGAUGUGCAGAGGGCCGACAUAUGCGUUACCAAGUGCUGGAUGCAAGCAGUGGUCUGGCGAGCGUCGUUGCGGCGGUCCAAGGCGGCCAUGUUCUCCGAGCGUGAAAGUCAUGUUUCACAGCCGUACCGCAUCGUGGCCGACUUUCUAUCGCACAUCUGCCACUGUUCCAAGACGGCACUUGAGGCCCAUGGGCCAACCAUAGAGCUCAAGAUCUUUGAGAUUGCCAGUGCGCUCACUGAGUACAUAUACACGCUCACGACGGGCGCGGAUAUGGCACGGAAUCUCAACAGUACGGACGCACGACCUGUGGAGAUGCUUGUUAAGCUACAGCGGCUGCUUGCCUCGUCACGCGGUGGCAACAAGACUCUUCUGACCUUGUUGUGUGCGAGGAUAGCGGAGGUGGAGAGCGUCGGUCCGUGCGACCUGGUGUGGAACCCACAUAUAGAGACAUGCGAGGCUGACGACGGCAACGUCGGUGACGGGUCCUUCGAGACGGACCUGCAAGCUCCAAGGAGAGUGCCCAACUCGGCGUACUUGGGCUUGGAGACAAUGGCGAGGCUGAAUGAUCCUCUGCGCGUGCAACUACCAAUGUGGACCGAUUUCCGGCAAGAGCCGAGCCAGCGUUGA